ACUCACACUGUCCACUUUCUGAACUCCUGAUCUAGGCCAGCCCUCUCUAACGGGACGACACAGUGCCUUAGUCACAUCUAACAUUUAUCCGCUGGAAUGACUUAAAAAAUUACUGUGCGGAGAAACUGCUCAAAUUUACACAGCUUGGGGAAAAGCUCUCAGAAAACAAGAGAGUCACGAAAGACCUCAAUAUCAUGAACGACCUGACGAUGUGGAAAAAUCUGCUCGAUCGACGUGUAUCCUUUAACAGCCGUAGUUUCAGUGCCUAGGCCGCCUUUUGAGACUAUUUUGCAUUCAGUUUCGUUAUCUUCCUAUUUCCACUGAUAGGAAAGGUGUACCUAUACUGCAUGAGCCCACCGUAGAGUUCCAGUAGGUACUUGUAAGACCAUGCGCACUGAAGUCCAUGCAGCCAUGCGGCCAUGCGUAAUUCUAAGUCUUCUUCAAAACAUCGAUGUCUGCACGAACAAACCUUUCACCAGAUCAGAACAGAAAGCGCAACCAUUUUACUGUGUUUACAGCAAGCAGGUUAACCACAUAAUUGCUGCAAGAUCACACGACCUGCCAUAGAUAAGUAUGGCAGCGAAACAUGACAGGGGUGAAGACACCAGCUCUUCAGACGAGGAAGAAGGAGGCAAAGAAAUACCCAAGCUUGACGCAGAUUCCAUCGAACAUCAACAAGGAAUACACUUGCUACAAAGUAAUGGCAACAAUUCAAGUGGCUUGGAAAAUUCAAGUCAGGACGACGACAGUUACCCACCCCCAGGAUGGACUAUAUCCGGACGAAGGAUCCAACAAUGUACAGAUGACAAUUCGAUAGGAAUUAGAGAUGACGGUCUUUACGAAGACCAAGGAUGCCGAGCUUCGCAGGAGAACGACGAUAUGGACCAACUGACCGAUAAUAUUAACAUCUUCAUAUUUCUGUUCAUUAUUUUGAUAUAUUUAAGAGCUUUCUAAUAUUUAGAUAAAUCAUUCCUUGUUUGUAGUCGUAUAUUCUUUAAGUUGAACAAAUACAUUACUGUAUAACCAAACAAACGUUGUGUUUCCAUUUCCUUGACAAUGUUUCUAAGUCCAAUUGUAAAAGACAGUCAAAUAUCGUUACAGCAAAAACUGAUUCAAGUAUGUCACUCAUUCUCCAUGAACUCCUCUUUGAUAGUCUCUUAAGUAUUAAGACUUCGAUUGUGAAAUGGUUCAAGGCAGUAAAAGUUGCUGUAAUAAGAUAGCAGUAAUAAUAAUAAUAAUAAUAAUAAUAAUAAUAAUAAUAAUGAUGAUGAUGAUGAUAAUAAUUUUCACCGCUAAUCGACGUCGCAAAGCAGAGCAACGACGCAGCUCAACAAGGUGGAACCGAAAGCUUACAAGCUUAGUUAUGUAAGAAUACGUCAUCCCCUCGUCCUUCAUCAUUUAUAUUUUAAGUUGGAGGAACGAGGGUGUUUUACCUAAAUAAAAUCACGCUACACUGA